GCUCUUUGACCCGCGCCCGGGGCGGAGGUGGUGGCCAAAGGGUCCAGCUGAAUCCUCGCCGAAUUCCGGAGGGAGAGGGGCGCGCGGGGACGUGCACCAGCUGUUCCCAAAGAAAGCAGCCGAGGAGCCCGCCUGGGAGAUGGGGCGCCCGUCCGUGAGCCCCUUCCUCUCCCAGCCCCGUGUCCACCCCAGCCCGGGCCAUCGCGCGGCUGCAGCGCGGGGGACGCGCAGCCAAGGGCAGCCCCGGGGAGGGCCAGACUUUGGGCCUCCCCAACUUCUCCCCGACUAAGGGGAUCUGAAGCCAGCUGAGCGCGCGCUCUCUCUCUCGCUCUCUCUCCCUCCCUCUCUCUGUCUCUCCCUCCUUCUCUCUCCCCCUCCUCUCUCUCUCCUCUCUCUCUCUGACAAGUAGAUGGAUAAUAACUGCCAUUUUCUAUGCGUCAUGCUUUUUGCUACAUGCUCAGUGAUUUCUAAACAUGAUUCUAUGUAGAGAUCCCCCUAGCCCAGUCGGAGGCGUUCCUAACGGACCUUUUGCAGAAAGUCUGUGAGCGAAUGAACGACUACAAGCUUGAGGAAGACCCUGUGACGAAGGAGAGAACUUUCAAGAGAUUCGCUCCUAGGAAAGGAGACAAAAUAUACCAAGAAUUUAAACAAUUGUAUUUUUAUUCUGAUGCUUACAGACCUUUGAAAUUUGCGUGUGAAACUAUAAUAGAAGAGUAUGAAGAUGAAAUAUUCUCACUUAUCGCCCAGGAGACACACUAUCUAGCUGACAAGCUGUGCAGUGAAAAAUCAGAUCUGUGUGAAACUUCUGCUAAUCAUACUGAGCUCUAGGAGUGCCGUGCUGCUGGUCAUAGAGAGGAGUAAAGUCACACCCAAAGGUCAAUGUCUGUAUUUUAUGUUUGCAUGUUGUCUUUCAUGAUAAGAAAAAUUUUGUCUCUUGUUUA